AGUAUUUUGUGGGCAAAAGUGAUUAUUUUCUUGUGCUAGUCUAAGUGUGCUUGUUUUUUUUUGUUUUUUUUUUACCAUCCCCCUUCUUCUUGAGCUGAUGGUACGGUCCAAAAUGUGGUCAUAUGACUCGCUGUUGUGUUAUUUGUUUUUUUACAUGAUCGUUUACAAAUACCGUACGAACAAACACCCCUCUUCCCCUGCGCUGGUCCACAAUGCAGAGUCUUGUGAAUUGACGUGUGUUUAUUAGCUUUUUGGUCGUUUUUUACCAACAAAAUGUUGUCAAAGUGGAAAUGUGCGGAGGGCUGACCAAGGAGAAGCAGGCUGAUGAAGCAGUUCAGAACAUCUGUGAUGCAAUGAAACCUCACGCAGAGCAGAAAACUGGGAGAAACUUCGAGGUUUUCACUGCAAAGAGCUACAAAACACAAGUCGUAGCUGGGACCAACUACUUCAUUAAGGUAAUGUUUGUAAUGCAUGCAGGGAGCACAGUGGAAACACUACAAAGCUCUGAGGUCUUGCGAAUUAUAAAAUAUCAUCCAGAAGAGCACUGAUUGAUAAUUUGAUCUGUCAGGUGAAAACUAAAGCAACGAUCAGGGGUUUUUUCAGUUAUUAUCUCUUCACUUAUGUAGUGAUUUUAAAAGAAGGUGUGUGCAAACCUUUAACUGUUAUUGAGUUUCUUGCAUCACAGCUGAGGCUUUCAAUCACUGUUUCCACACAAAUUUUGCUUAAAUU